AAAUCCCUCGAUUGUUAAACAACAACGAAACAAUCAUGAAUGAUCAAUCAAAUAUAAUGAUUUUACGUAAUGGUACGUGGGAAAAUCGUUGUAAAAAUCUUGAAGAAUUAAUACAAUUAAAUUAUGGAAAAUAUCCAAAAAAUCAAAUUGAACAUGAAAAAUAUUUAAGUUUUAUAUUUGAAAAUACAAUUGAUUUAUUAUUGGAUAAAUCAUCAUCAAUACCAAAUGAAUGUAGACAUCGUAUUUGGCGUUCAUAUUGUAAAUUAUUAAAUGGACAAGCUGAAACGAUUGGUAUGUUACGUUAUUAUUUAUUCAAUACAAUAUUGAAUUUGGAUAAUAAUGAUGAUAAUGAUGAUGAUUAUGAUGACAUUCCUGAUAUAAUUGAUUUUCUUGUCGCAUAUCAAUCCAAAUCAAUUAUGGAAUUAGAAUUGAUUUAUGAAUUUUUAAAUGUUGUAUUAAGCUAUUCACAUUUACCAACAGAAACAUUAAGUCAAUUUAUAGUUAUAUUAUGUAUUGGUCUUAAUCGUGAUGAAUUAUAUAUAAUUUGUCAAAAAAUUAUGCGUAAUUUAAUUGGAACAUAUCUUGGUUAUGAUGCAUUAACAACAUUACAUCAUAUUAUUGAAGAUGAAAUUAAUUUUAAAGAUAAAUUAUUAAUACGUGGUGCUGUUUAUUUUCUUGUACAAUCAUUAUGGGGUAAUAUGAUGAUUAAUCAAAAUGAUAAACAAAAAACAACAAUUAGUGCAAAUGUUAUAUUACCAUCAUUUAAAAUUUUAUUAAAUAAUGAUAUGGCUUCUAGUCCUUUAAUUGCAUUGGAAAUUGCAAAUGGUAUACAAAUGUUUAUUAUUGAUUCGAUUAAUCAAAAAUCAUCAUCAUCAUCAUCAACUAUAUUGGAAAAUAAUCAACGAUCAUCGAAUGAAUCAAUAAAUUCAUUAAAAAGUUCGAAUAUUAUCUAUCAAUAUACAUGGGAUCUUGUAUUGGAUGUUUGUGAUAUGCUUGUUAAUAAUUAUCUAUUAUUAAUACAAAAUGAUACAACAAUUCAAUUGAAAUCAACAAUACUUUCAAUAUUAAAAUUAUUGGAACAGGUUGUUUUUUUCAAUAUUAUUACUAUUGAUGAACAUUAUUUUGAUGAUGAUGAUGAUAAUGUUGAAGAUAUUGUUGUUGAUGAUAACAAUGGUGAUGAUAAUAUGGAAUAUUCAUUAAGAUUUUUAUCAAAUAAUGAAUAUUAUAUUGAAAAAAUUUUUACCAUUUUUGAAAUGGCUAGUGAUCAUCUUACGAAUGAAACUAUUUACAAUCUGAUUGAACAUCGUUUGAAACAUAUAAAUCAUAUUGAUAAAUAUCGUUUCGAUUUGGAAUAUAAAUUAAAACAAUUAAAACAUGUUAUUAACAUAUAUUUUAUAUCACCGAAAAAUAAUUCAAUUCGUUUGAAAUGUUUGGAAAAAUUGGAAAAUUUUUUAAAUGUUUCGACAUUUUUAGAUGCUGAUGUUUUUUGGGAAAAUGUCGCUUCGAAUUUUUUCUCCAUUUCCAAUGAUGAUAAUAAUCGACAAUCAUUACGUGAAUUGGCCAUAAAUUUUCUAAUAUUUUUGGCUAGAAAAUUACAAUCAAAUAAAAAUUUAAUGGAAUUUAUUGAAAUAUUUGAACAUACUAUUCAUAAUCGAUUUCGUUUAUAUCGUCAACAUUCAAUUGAAACAGUUUCAUUGAAUCAUCGUUCACAAAAUAAUAUUGGACCAAUAAUAACACAUCAAUUGUCGGCACCAAAUAAUGUAAAUGAAAUUAAUAAUAUAUUUGAUGAUGCUAUUCGUUCGGUUGAUGGUUUAAUAAUAAUAUUUAUUGAAAAUAUUAAUCAUAUACAAUGUCAUAUGGCUGCUAUACAAUCAUUUCGUUCAUUGAUCAAAAUUUUAGCUUUUGUUCAAAAAUUACAUUAUUUACAUUCAUUUUCGGGUGAAAUGGAUUCAUUAUCAUCAUCAUCAUCAUUAUAUAAUCGUACAUUAUCAUUAAUAAAACGAAAAAUCUUUCAUACAAUAUUAUCAUUACGUACAAAUCGAUGGGCACAAUUAGGAGUGGUGAUUGAUAAUAUUUCCACCACCACCACCAAUCAUCAUCAUUAUCAUAAUCAUGAUACGUCCAAUCAAGAUUUAGAAUCGAUUCGUUUUUCUCCAUACAUAUUGAUUCGUGAAAUAAUGAUUGUUUCAAAUCAACAAUCAAGUCCACCAAUCAGUCCACAACGUCAACAAACAUCGACAGUUGUUAAUGAAACAAAUUCAAAUAGUCCCAUUAUAAAUACCUCAUCACCAUUAUCAUCUUCAUCAACAACAACAACAACAACAUCAUCGACAACAUUAUUAUUUCAUGGUGCAUUCAUCGAUGCUCUUAAAUUGAUUAUCGAAACAAUACAAUGUGAAAAAGAUUGGUCAGUUUUACAUUUAAUAUUUAUUGAGCUUCCAAAAACAUUAAAACAUAAAGGUUUAAUAUUGGCUGCUAAUGCAUCGACAAAUUCAUCCAAUCAUUCAACACCAUCAUCAUCGAUGACACAUUUAUCUAUCAAAACGGAAUCAAUUCCUGAUCUAAUGGUUAAUGCUCUUUGUACAUUUAUUGAUUUUGUAUUGAAUCGUUUCAAUGAAUUACAUUUGGGUGAAGCAAAAAUGAGCAAAGUAGAUAUACUUGUCCAUAUCUAUAAUUCAAUUUCAGCCUUGGUUGGCUAUAAACUACUGUCCACAUCACAGAAUUCGAUUGUAAAAUAUCUACUAAAUGGUUUGAUACAUUUUUCAUCAAAAAUGUCCUGUCUUCGACAAUGUAUUGUAUCAUUAACAAUUUGUUCGAUUGAAAUGCAAACAACAAUGAAUCGUUAUCUAUCCGAUACUAUUAUGCAAUUAAGUAAAAUUACAACAACAAAAGCAUUGGCCAUACCGAAAUUGGAAUUUUUAUCCAAUAUAAUUGUAUUUCCGGAUAUAUAUUAUACAUUUACAAAUAAACAAUAUUUAUCAAUAUUUAUGAUUGCACAAUCAUAUAUAAAUCCAUGUAAAUAUGGUGAAUAUACUGUUGCAUUAGCAUUACGUGUUAUAUCAAUGUGGUUUCUUAAAUGUCCAAUACCAUGUCGUAUGGAUUUGGUACAUUUAUUGAUGAAAGGUUUUCAAUAUAAUAUACUAAAAGAUAAUGAAUCAAAUCAAUUAGCAUUAUUAAUGGCACAAAAAUUAACAACCGAUUCAACAAAAUCCAAUAGUAAUCGUUUUUUAUUGGCUUCAAGUCCACCACCACCUCCUUCAACACCAUUAACACUUAAUACAUUUUCAUUUCAAUCUUUUAAUAGUUUAAGUGGUAAUCAAACAAAUGAUCAUCAUACACAACAACAAUCAUUUAAUUUUUCAUCAUCAUCGGCAUUCAAUAUGGUUGGCCAUGGUCAACAGCUUGGUAAUGAUAGUGUUAUAUUUGAUCCGAAUGAUAAGGAAAAAUCAAAAUUUGAAUUAGUUGAAGUUUGUAUGGAUAUGUUAGCAUCGAAUGCAUUUACAACAUCAUCACCGCUUCCAUUAAAACCAUCAAUGAUUGAUAAAUUAUUGAAUAAAGAUAAAACACAAUAUUGGAUGAUUGGACAUAAAAUAAUACAAAUAACAACAACUGGUUGUACAUCAAGAGCAAUGAGAAAUGGUCUUUGUAAUAAAUGUCAUUUAAUAUGUCAUAUGAAUCGAUCACCAAAAUCAACAACAAUAAAUAAUUCAUUAAAUAAUUUAAUGAAUAAUUGGAAUGAAAAAUUUAACAAUGUAAACAAUGAUUUGAAUCAAUCAAUUAUUGCGAAUAAUUUUGAUCAAUCAUUAACAACACAACAACAACAACAAGAUAUUGCAAUUAGACGUCGACAUCGUUCGGAAAUUAAUCAUAGUACAACAACGAAAAGUUCAAAUUAUAAUAAUGAUGAUUAUUUUAUUAAUCAACAACAACAACAACAACAACAGAAUAUGAUUCAAGGAUCAUCAUCAUCAAUUGAAUCGGAUUCAAAUGUUGUUAGUAGAUACUGCCGUUGUUGGUGCCAAACAUGGGCUGAAAUAUUAAUUCGUCGUUCAACCGGUACAACAAGAUUUAUACUACGUGUUGAAAAUAAUUUGGGUGAAUUUCCAAAUUGGAUAUCAUCAAAACAUGAAGAUGAUUCAUUAGCUCAAAUAUUUGAAAAUUCAUUUCCAGAUUUAAAUAUUGUAUCCAAUUCGAAUAAUGAUAAUAAUGAGAUCUCAAAACAGGAUUCUAAUCAAAAUGAUGAUGAUGAUGAUGCCAAAUCCAACUCAGGGACUAUUUCUAGUUUAAAUGAUCAACAAAAACAACCGCAGGAAAAAGCCAAAAUUUCUCAACCAGUUAGUCGUGCUGCAUCGUUUGGUGGUAGUCGUACAUUACAAACUCAUAAUAUAACCAAAUUUUUUGAUGUUCCACAAACACGUAAUAAUAAUGAUAUGGAAACCGGAAAAUAUCGUAAUCAUCAUCAUGUUCGUAAGCUUGAAAAAGAUUUUUCAUUCGAAGAAAAUACACCGAAUGGUUCACAAACAAGUCUUGUAUCAUCCAGUGGUAGUGGUGAUAAUGAAUCAUCAAAAAAUUUUCAACCUUCAACAAUGUUUCGUGAUCGUGGACAUACAAUAUCUGUGAUGACACCGGUACAGAAAAGUUCCAGUUCAUCAUCGGCUUUUGGUAGUGGUGUAGGUCAUCAUGAAUCAUCAAUGUCAGCAUCGAAUAUAAAUUUAUCUUCACGGCAACCAUUUUCACCCGCUGGUCUUUCACCACAAUUUGUGUUUUUACAAUUAUAUUAUAAUUCUAUGUUUAAAGAUAAAAUCUGUCUGCCUAAUUCGAAUGUUGAUUUUGAAAAACCUAUUCAACUUGAACGUAAUGAUGCAUUGAAAAUAUCGUUAAGUAUUUUCGAUCGAAUAACGCCAUAUGAAACGCACAAAAUUGGUAUACUUUAUAUUGGUCCUGGUCAGACAAAUAAUCGUGCCGAUAUACUUGCCAAUCGAAUUGGAUCAUUUAGAUAUGCAAAAUUUUUAAAAAAUAUUGGACAAUUAAUUUCGCUGGAAGAUAUUGAUCCACGUGUAUUUUAUGUUGGUGGUCUUGGUGUUAAAGAUGGUCCAUAUGCUAUUUCAUGGUGUGAUCAUCUUGUACAGAUGAUAUUUCAUGUUGCUACAAUGAUGCCUACAUUAGAUAAUGAUCCAAAAUGUAAUAAUAAAAUGGCACAUAUUGGUAAUGAUUUAGUUUGUAUUGUUUAUAAUAAUAGUGGUGAAAAUUUUGAUCUUUUUUCAUUGAAAAGUGGUUUUGGACAGGUAAUGUUGGCUGUCGUAUUAAUAACACCAUUAGAAUAUGAUAGUAAUAUUGUCGAAAUAAAAAGUAGAAAAGAAUUUGCCGAAUUUAUUGGUUACACUGAAUCGCAGGUGUUAUCGGAUGAUGCAUUACCUGUUUAUGUACGACAAUUGGCUAUUCAUGCAAAUUUGGGCGCAAUGGUCUAUCAUCCAAAACAAGAAAUGAGAUCAUAUCAUAUAUCGAAUUGGCUUUCACGAUUACGAAAUAUAAAACGUGUACGUAAACGUGCACAAGAACAUUAUCAACAACAACAACAACAAAAUCAACAACAGCAGCAACAACAACAACAACAUGGCCAAAUGGAUAAUCAUGAACGAUAUUCGAAUCGAAGUAAUACUAUUGGUACAAGAAUGGUACGACAAAAUCAACAAUCAACAUCUAUUGGUGAUGAAUCUAUAUCAUCAGCAACAACAACAACAACAAAUUCGGCAAUUAGUCCAAAUAUUUAUAACAGUGGUGGUGGUAUUGGUAAUUCAUUCGAUUAUGAAACAUUAUCAUCACAACGAUUAGUGUUUCCGGAUUUUACUGAAUUUACAAAAGAUUUUUGAUUUGCAUAUGAAUCAUGUUUCCAUCUAAAAAAAUGAUGAUGAUAAUUAAUGUCAUUGUUGAUUUAUAAUUUGACAAACAAACAAAAAAAAAACAAGAAUU